GCUAUUUAAAAACUAAAACCUCACAUCCGUAAAUAUCAUGCAUGAUAGCUAUUUUAACUGUAAAUUUUCCAUUUAUUAUGAUGAAAUUAAAAUUAAAAAUUCAAAAAAUUAAUUAUACUUACUAAAUAUCAGUGACGUAUUCAGAACUUCAUGAGAGGGUUAAAAAAAUGUUAGCACAACCUGUAAUGUAAUGAUAAAGACAAAGAUUCAACAAACAAAUUCAAUAUUUUUCCACUAUUUUCUGACCAUACUUAAACAAAUUUCCUUUUGAAAUAUCAUUCAACACUACUCCAAAUAUUUUUGUUAAAAUUUAAUUCGCUGAAAAGAGGAAUAAAUUUAAAACUCAAUUACGCCUUAAAACUACGACACUGCUAAAUAUUAUAGCUAGAAGUUUUUUAAUUGUGUAAUCAAGGUUCUAAAAUCGUUCAUAUAAAUAGCUGAUUCAGAUGAUCAAAGAUUUUUAAAAGUAUCACAACUGCAGUAAAGGAAAGAACAAAAUUGUUGAAAAGAUGAAAAUUUUAAUAAUACUUUUAAUCUUUGUUGUAAUAAUUUCAUCAAAGUCGAUUGAAAAAUUGCCAUCAUCCUUAAAAGUGUGCAACUAUCAAGAUCCAGCGCGGGAUGAAUGUAUUCGUGAUUCAAUUGAACAUUUCUUGUCAGCACUACAUCAAGAACCAAAUUCUAUUGAUUUUCCAUCAAUUGAACCAUUUGUUUAUGACACAGUAACCUUUAAAUAUAAUAAUCCAGGCUUUGUUCAAGGAUGGUUUACAGUUCGAGAUCAAAAAAGUUAUGGAAUAAGUCGAGCAAAAGUCAUAAAUUUGAAAUCUGAUUUUACUGAUGAAGAAAUGGAAUUACAAGCAAUUGUUAACUUUCCAAAAUUGUUUACAAUCGGAAAUUAUAAAUCAAAUAUUUCAUUGGGUGUUCUUAAAAUUGAAUCAAAAGGACAAUUUAAUGUAUCAACAUAUGAUGUUACUGCAAAAUGGACGAUUAAGGGAAAGCUUGAAGAAAAGAAAGGAGAAAAAUUUAUGAAAAUUCAUCAAUUUGAUGUUUUACCAGAAGCAAAAAAUAUGAAAAUUUCAGCAUCUGGGUUGUUUCCCGAUCAAGAACUGAAUAAAUUUGCAAAUAAUUUCUUAAAUCAACAUUGGCAACUUUUUUAUCAAGAAAUGAUUCCGGAAACUCGACAACAGUGGGAGCCUAUUUUUAGAGAUAUUUCCAACAAAUUAUUCUCGCAAAUACCAUUCAAAAAACUUUUGUUAAAGAAUUGAAUUAUAAAUGAAAAUUUUAAACAUAUUAUCUUUAAAAUUAUUCAAUAAAGGUAUGAAUUUUUUAUAUUCACACAGUUUUCACGUGUGAAUCUACUGGUUUUGUUCAGAUUGAAAAAUC